AUGACGCGCGCACAACAAACCAUAAGCAUUGCGAUGCUCCUGACCUCGCUUUACCUCGCGGUAUUCAUGGAACUCGUUUCUUUCCCUGAGAAGAUUCAGAAGGAGGUUGUUCCUAUGCUUCCUUUCUGGGCACUCAUCUCAUUCGGCGCAUACCUCCUCUUUAAGCUCGGCUUGGGAGUUUUCACCUUCAACGACGUACCAGAGGCGCACGCGGAGCUGAUGGCACAAAUUAAGGAGGCACGCGCUGAGCUCCGAACUCAGGGUGUUGAUGUUGGUGCUGACGAUUGA